GAAAAUAUAGAAAUAAUAAGAAUAAUGAUACGAAGAAUGCGGAAGUUUCAUUGUAAUCUUAUUGUUAGCUAAGAAAGAUGAAAGAUUUUUUUCCACAGAUUAAAUUAUUGACGAUUAUUAUCGACGACUAUUAUUCGACGAGAGUGCGACGCUAUGACGAAUUGCAACGCUAGAAGAUCAAAAGCAAAAUAAAGAUAUCACGUUCGUUUUUACAAUUGAUAAUAUCACAUUAAGCAUUUGCUUAGAAGCAUAAAGAGAAAUCAAGUUAGUUUUGUGAGUUUGAUAUAUUCGACAUAUCGAUUUGACGAUGCAUCCAUCAAAUACCGUAUAUUGCUGCUACAUAUUUCUCCUUAUUGCUUCGUUCUCGGAGUCUUGGGAAAAUCCUACGAACGACAGUGAGGAAAAUUUGACAGUACGAUACAAUCUUCCUGUAAAUUAUACAAGAAACGAAACAGAAUAUCAAUUCGAUAUUAAUUUUAUGAAGAAUUCUCGCAUAAAUGACGAUGUAAUACAGUACAAGUUUCGUAAAAGUGUUACAAACUUUACAGAGGUCAAUGAUAACAACGCAAUUACAUUGCAAGAAAUUAAUAAAAAUCAAAUACAGACCGAAAGCGGAAACAAUUUCACAUCGUACAAACGCUAUGGAAAUUUCAAUACAGAUGAUUAUAAUAAUAGUAUGGCUGUACGCAUUGUUCCGUAUGAAAAAUGUAACAACAAUAUCUGCAUUCAACUCUGCUGUUCUUUUGGCGAUUAUCUGACAUUAGAGGGAAAGUGCAUCGCUGGACAGGGUAAUUAUUCUUUUCCAAAUGUCUACAAAUAUAAGAACGAUAUCGAGACUAAAAGAUUGGAUCAACUAUUUCCAAUGACCGUCCACGAUCCAUGUUCUGUACAAGAAUUUGGACGAAUUUUACUUCACUACAAUGAAUAUUUGUUCCUCAAGAACGGUACUUUAUACCGUGGUCCUAAUCAACUAACUCCACCGACUUCUUAUUGCAUCGCCAUCGUAAAACGAAGCAUUUAUGAUGUGAUUGUUUGCAAUUAUAAAAGGACUAAACUUCCGAUGUUUAUAUCUGCGUGUCUUGUAGUGUCUUUGCCAUUCCUCUUAUUGACAUUCGUGAUGUAUUCCAUAUUGCCAGAACUCCAAAAUAUGCAUGGUUAUACGUUACGUGCACACGUCGCAUCGUUAUUCGUCACAUACAUCAUUAUGCCCUUUGGCCAACAAAUUGAUUUACGGGAAUCAAAACUUUGCAUUCCACUAGCCUACAUUUUAAAUUUCUCGUUUUUAUCAAGCUUUUUUUGGCUAAAUAUAAUAUGUUUCGACAUUUGGUGGACAUUUAGAGAACUCUGUUCACAUCAAAGUGUAAAGCAUCAAAAAAAGAAGAAAUUAAUAAUAUAUUCAAUAUAUGCAUGGGGAAUUGCUUUCAUCCUCACUAGUAUAUGUGCUAUCAUGGAUUAUGUUCCCUUAUCAGAAAAAUUUAUCCGACCGGAAAUGUGCAAAAAAAAAUUUUGGUUUAGCCAGAAUAAGGCAAAAACUUUGUAUUUUUUUGUACCUAUAGGUGCUACUGUUGUCAGUAACAUUGGUUUCUUUAUCGCUACGACAUUAACAAUUGUAAGUAUAUUUAUUCAUAGGUUUAGAAUGUACCUGAAGCUGUUUAUAGUGAUGGGAAUAACCUGGGUUCUGGAAAUAAUAGGGUGGUCGCUCUAUGAUGAUCUUGCUUGGGCACCGAUCAUUUGGUAUCCUGCAAAUACGAUAAAUGCUCUGCAAGGCCUCAUCAUUUUUAUUAUAUUUGUGUGCAGAAAAAAGAUUUUGCAACAACUGUUAAAGCGAUUUAAUUGGCAAGAUAGUGCUUUUGCAAAAAUGCGAUGUUGCAAGGUUUUAAUGAGUGACGAUAGCGCAGCUUCGGAUACUACUUCUCAGGAACAAAACAAUAUGCAAAAUUUGAAUCCUUCUGAUAAGCGCACGGAAUUCAAUUAGAUUUAUUCUUAUCAUUGCAAUCAGCUAAUAUAAGAGAAAGAAAUUUCUGGGGAUGAGAUAGUAAUACGAAAAGAUUUAAUUCUUCAAAAACUGUGAUCUUAUAUCAUGCAUUAUGUUAUGUGACCCCGCGUUUCUUUCUUUCGACAACGAUCCUCGCACGAUCAAAUCCCAUUCCUAUAUAUUUUCCUACAUACGUAAAAUAAAAUAACUGUCUUUUAUAAUACUGAGAAACAUAUUAU